GUGCGGUUGUGUGGAUAUGUGCGUGCCUUCACUAAAGCAGACAGCCUCGAUCCCGCCCGCCGCGCUCCUGCGUCCCCACCUCCGCCGCACUCCCUCCUCGUACACUCCCGCGCGCCAUGGCCGAGGCCGCCGCGGCCGUUGCCAAGUGGGAGGCGAUGUGGUCGCGGGACGGCGGGCUGCAGCCCGGCCAGGCGUUCGACGCCUCUGCCGUGGAGCCUGCCUUUGCCGACUUGCUGCGAGCGGCGGACCCGCCACUGCCGCGGGAAGGCGCCGGUGGCGCACGGCCUCGGGCGCUGGUGCCCGGGUGCGGUCGCGGCUACGCGGUCGCGGAGUUGGCGAGGGCGGGCUAUGAGGCGACGGGUCUCGAGCUCGCUCCCACGGCGGUGCAGGCCGCGCGCGAGCACCUCGGCGGGCAGCCAGACGCGCACGUGCAGGGAGGCGACUUCUUCGACUUCGACCCCGGCGCCGGCUUCGACCUCGUCUACGACUGCACGUUCCUGUGCGCCAUCCCCCCCGAGCGCAGGGCCGACUGGGCGGCCAAGAUCGAGCAGCUGCUGCGGCCGGGGGGCGAGCUCGUGGCCCUGAUCUUCCCGUGCUUCCCGGACGGCCCCGACCCCGCGGACGCGCCUGACACCGCGGGCGGCGCCGGCGGGGGCCCGCCCUACGCGAUGAGCCCGCGGCUGGUGGAGCGCCUGCUCGCCGGGCGCAGGCUCGCCAGGCUGUCCCUGGAGGCCGUGCCCGCCGAGAGGCUGGCGCGCCGCGUCAGCAGGGCCGGCGAGUUCGUCGGCCGCUGGCAGCGGCUGCCCGACGAUGCCCCAGGCGGGGAGGCCCCAGCCGAGCUCGGGGAGGCCGCAGGCGAACGGUGAGUGCUGCAAUGGGCCUCCGUCGGCGGCGGGCGGCGGAGGCGCCCAAGAGCUCGUCCGCUGAGGCUCGGCCGCCGACCGCCGAGCGGCCCGUAGCGAGAGCCUGGGCGGCCCCUGCGCGGCUCGAGGAGGCCCAGGGCCGCGGGCCCCGGGCGGCCUCGGUGGGGGGCGGCCGAGCCGCCGCACGGCGGGCGGCCGCCGCCCGCCGCCGCUCGCUGUUUUGUAGCCCGUGGCCUCGAGCUGGGGCGGUUGUGGGAGCCUCCUCCUCCUCCUCCUCCUCCUCCUCCUUCUCCUCCUCCUCCUCAUCAUCAUCAUCAUCCUUCUCCUCCUCCCAUGCCGAGCCGCGAGAGGCCCUGGGCACAGCACAGUGUGUACAGUAGGGCGUGCUGCGAACUUCGGGCGUGCGUCUGCGGCUCGUGGGCUUUUUAUUGUUUUUGCUGGUGCGGAGAGGACUCGUGCUGACGCAGCCCUGGAUAUAUGAUGGGCACAGCGGACAUGCGCGCAGUUGCUCUCGCACUUUGCCAGGAGCAUGGGGCAUUCUCGAGCGCAGUGGCUAUGCUCCCAGACAGCAUGCGCUUACACAGUUCAAGUUGAUCCAACGGUCGUGGGCGGGAAACAUGUCCAUACCAACGGCCACGCGGGCCGACCCCCAGGCCGCGACCCCAUGGAUAAGGGGUGUGUUUCGCGGAAGGCCCGCGUGGAACGUGUCCAUGCGACCGCGUAUCCACGGGGAUUGCGCCCCAGCAUCCAGACCGCGAGGGCAUGGAUGUGGACAUGAUCACCGUUCGUGAAAAGAGCCCUCACGCCGUUCCGCCGACCCCCGCGUGGUGGAUGGACGCACGCAUCCCGGGCUGCAGCGUGCUGCCCGGCCCGCCGCACGGGCUUCACGGCUUCGCUUGCAGAGAAGAGCCCCGGCCCGCCGCCUGCGCUUCUUUGCUGGCGACGAGCGAUAUGAAGUAA